CGUAUUAUAUUUUGUAGAUAGUGAAAAAUUAAUUGUUUUUUUAUUCAUGAGAAACUUGUUAUAAUUAAUUAGAUUAGAUAAAAUGACAAUUUAUCUAUUGUAGUAUUUGCUGUAAAGUGGGAAAAAAAAUUACACACAAAAAAUCUUGCAAGGAUCAAGAGGAAAUUGGAAUUAAUUAAAAAAAUUACAAUGAUGAACACAUCAGUCUUCAUUCAACAGUCAUCAGAAUUUCAAUUUCUUUCUGUUUGUCACUACAUUACAAUUUUUGGUAUUUAUUUUUACAACAAAAAUUUAAUUACCCUUGAAAAACGAAGUGAUUCUGUAGAGAUUUUAAAUACUUUGUUUGAUUAUCUCAAUAAAUCAGUAAAUGAAAAUGAGGCGAAACUACAACUUUUAAAAAAAGCACUAAAAGAAAGUGAUCUCUACGGUGGUGGAAAAAAUGAAACACUUGACAUGAAAUACGUUAAUGAAACAUAUCAGUACAUCAUUAGUAAAGCUCUAUUUUCUCAUUAUGGAAACAUUAAUGGAUAUUUGGCUAAAAUUAUUAACUCUGCGGAUGAUGUAAAUUACUCGGUUCUUAAGGAAACGGUGUUUCAACAUCUUUCGGAAAAUUACACCAGUAAGGAAUAUUGUUCCAAUGAUAUUCCGUUAGGGAAUUACGAUUACGAUAACAAUCCGUUAGGGAAUUAUAAUUCCGAUAAUAAUCCGUUUGGGAAUUACGAUUCCGAUAAUAAUCCGAUAGGGAAUAAUGAUUUAAAAAAUAUUCCGAUUGGAAAUUAUAGUUCCAAUAAUAAUACGUUAGGGAAUUAUAGUUCCAAUAAUAAUCCGUUGGGAAAUUACAAUUCCAACAAUAUUUCUUCAGGAAAUUAUAGUUCCGACAAUAUUUCAUCAGAAAAUUAUAGUUCCAACAAUAUUUCGUCAGGAAAUUACAGUUCAAAACUUAACGGAUUAACAAUUCAAAAAAUUUUUGAUGAUCACAUUUGGAGAAUUUUUCCCCAACCCGAACAUGACAUGAGCAUAAUGGAAGUGAAUUAUAUUUACGCAAUGGUUGGUUUAAAAAUCAUUAAAUCUGUAUCAGCUACGUCUUCGAAUUUUACGUUCAAAGAAUAUAUUCUAAUCUCCCGCGAGCUUGAUUUCCAGAAAUUAAAUAAUGAAACUUAUGAAAUGGUAAAAGAUUUAUUCUCAACUCCAGCAUUAUUUUUCUACGCCUACAAUGAGAAAACUAAAUUCCAAAAAAUAGAUGAUUUUACAAAUGUUGAAUUUUGGAAUAAAGCUUAUGAGAAUUUAUUUUCAUAUAUUAAUUCAACUAUGAGAAAAAUUGUACAAGAAAAUAUUGAAAAUAGUUUACAUAAUAAAAUUCAAAUGAAAAUGAAUAAAUUAAAAACACGAACUCUUAUUGCAAACGAAUUACUUGCAUUAAUAUGUAAUUAUAAAAAUAUUGCACAAGUCUCGCCAAUUCAAGUGGUAUAUUAUAAAACCUUUUAUCUUUGGAUUACAAAAUUAUUACUACCCAAACAUUGUGAUAAAGAGAAUCUUAACGAUUUGCAAAUAUAUUAUCAAUAUCAAUUCAAAGAGGUCGAGGAAUUAUACAAUAAAAUAGAAAGAAUUGCAAUUGAAAAAGUAUUAGUCGAUAGUGAAUUAGUUGAAAAAAUUAAUUUAAAUUCUACUGUUAUGUUUGCGCGAGUUCCUGAUUAUCAGCAAGGUUGCAAUUUAUGUUCACCAAUUCCACGAAAGGAAAAUGACGAUAUUUUUCUUUUAUUCGCUGUUAAAGAGGAAAAAACUGUAUUUUACGCUUUGCGGCAAGAGAAUAAUACAUUGUCUUUAUUAAUAAACAAUGGAAACGAACAAGAGUUUGCUAAAGCAAUUGCUAAUGAUUCUUCUCUAAAAAUGGAAAUUGCAAUAUUUUCCAAAACUCUUAAAUUUAGGAAUGAAGAUUACAGAAGUUUUAUUGCCAGAGUUGCGGAUAUAAAAACAAAAUUGUUUGUAGAUAAUUUGAAAAUGCACUAUUAUGAAGAAACGGUUGGGGAGAAAUUGUUAAAUUUUGCAAAAACACUGAUUCCAUUUUACAGUUGUAUCGAAAGUGCAAAAGCAGGAAGAAUGGCAGAAUCUGCUUUUAGUUGUUCAAUGGAUGUACUCAGUCUUAUUCCAUUUGCUGGAUGGGCGACAGAAUAUACAAUUAAAAUAACCAAUAGUUUGACAGUAGAAAUUGGUAAUAAAUAUCUAAUCACCAAUACAAUUGCAAGAUCAGGAAUUAUCAGCACAUUACCAAUAAGUGCGGUAUUAAAUGAAAUUUCCACAAUUGCUGUUCGAACCAUAGCACAAGAAAUUCUCACCAAAAGUUUUUUGACAGAUUUAACUGUAGCUUCUCUUCGAACAAUUGAUCCUGGUUUUGAAUCCGUAUACCAAAUACUUCGUUUUGGUUUAAAAGGAUUAAGGAAAUUAUUCCAGAGUAUAGUUUCUAAUUUUAAGAAAAUUCCCUCAUUUCGAAAUAUGGUUGUGUCAAUAAAUUCCUUAUUGAAGAAUAUAAAUAAAAAUUUACUAAUCGAUCAUACAGUACCAUUGGUUUUGUCAAAUCAAAACGAUUUUAACAUUGUUCGAUACUUUUAUCCAGGUGGAUCGCACUUUUUUGGACCUACUUGCCUAACAUCAUUUGGAAACACUGCGGAAUUAAGAAGCAUCGAGGGGUAUUCAUUUCCAAUUCCCGUUGUACCGGAAAAAUCACCUCAAGGAAUUUUUUACAAACAAUACCUACCGGAAACGAAUAAAUUAUCUGAUAUUACCUUUAAAAAAGAUUCGAAUGAUAUUCUUCGUCGUGUUAGUUAUUUAAUAGAUACUAUGAUUUCCGAAGGAAAAGAUAUAAAUGUAAUUCGUAAUUAUCAUGUUUAUCAUAAUACAAUAAAUUGGAAUCAAGUUAAAAAAGAACCAUCGGAUUUAAAUGAAAUUGUUGAUCCCCCAGAAUCUGCCACAAAUACAAGAGAAACUAUAUUGCAACAGAAUUUACAAUUAUUACCAACUUCUGAAUUUCAAGUCACUUUACGAGGAACUGUAACAGGUCCUAAUCUUCCUGAAAUUACAAAUAUCGAAUUAAUAGGAACUUUACGAGGUACCAUUGAUGGUAUCACAUUUCCCAUUGUUCCUCAUUCCGAAGUACCGAAUAUAAUUCCAAAAACAGAAGUUGAUUCCUCGGAAUUUUUAAAUUCUAAAACAUUGAAAGAUCUUUUAAACGAAGGAGAGAAGGCACCUCCUCCUCCUCCUCCUGCAUCUGUUAAAUUAGAACCACUUUCUGAUUUUGAAUUUGAUGAAUCUUUAGAUAAAAUUGUAAUACCUGAUAGUGAUACUAAUUCAUUGGUAAAUACAGAAAUUUCCGAAGCUGUAUUAAAUAAUAAUUUUUUCUCCCCAAAGAGACCAACAUCUGAAUUAAAUACUGUAACAAAAAAAAGAAAAACAGAAAAAUCAAAAAAAAAACCGACAACAAUUGAAGAACUUGAUAAUAUUCCCAGUACAUCGAGACAAGAGAAAUUAAAUUCAAAAUUAUAUACAAAAAUUAUACCACUACCAACGUAUGAUAAAUAUGUUGAAGUUUUAACAGCAUGGAAACGAUAUGGUUUAUCAUAUGUAAAUCAUGGUAGAAGUGAAUUAUAUUAUUUACGUACUAUUGUAAAUAAAUUGGCCCUUUUACAUUUAGAUCAAGGCUUUCCAUUAAAUAUUCCAAAUAAACUUUGGUACAAUCAAAUUGUAAAAGGUGAAAAAAAUAUUGAAUUUUUAAAAAAUUUACAAGGAAAAUCAUUUUUUUUCAAUGACAUUACUUUAUUGAGAACUCAUCGAAGAAGUUCAAUACUUAAAAGAAUGAAACCAAAUGAUGCUGAAAUAGAAGUAAAAUAUUAUAUAACAAUUGAUUCACCAUAUGGAUUUGUUAAUUUAAAAGAUUUUCAUUAUUCACUACAAAAUAAUAUUGUUACAUUUAAUGAUGUGAUAUUUAGAGUUAUAAAAAUUAUUUCAACAAAAUAUGAUAAAAUUUUACAUAUUUAUUUAGAAAAUCAAGGUAUGACGAAAGAAUAUUGGCGACAAUUAAGAGUUAAUAAUCUUAAUAAUUUACAUAAGGAGGAAAAACUUUUAGAACAUCCUAGAAUGUCAAGUAUUAUUUAUGCUGCAAAUUAUAUAUCUGAAGAAGCGCCACUUUGUACAUUUGAAACAUCAAAAAAUUAUCUUACAAAUUAUAUAUUAAGUACCGAUCCAGUUAGAACACAUCUUGUUCCAACAUACGAAAUAUUUGCCGACGAUAUUGUGAAUUUAGAUUUUCAUCAUUCAUAUGAUAAUUGGAAAAUUGCCGACAAUUGUUAUAUUAAAGAUGUAUUAUUUAAUUAUAAUUUAGAUGAAAUUAAUACAUUGCUCGAGGCAAGACGAAGAAUUAAUAUGUUAUAUGAUUUUACUUAUUAUCAAAAUAUUGAAGAGGUAUAUCAUAGUUAUACUUUAUUAAUAAAUGCUAAACAAAAAAUUCGAUUUGAAGAUUAUUAUACAAUGUAUUCAUAUGCAAAACAUAAUUUGGCAAUGACAAAAAUUGGAAUAAGACGAAUGGAAGUUGCAAUUUAUCGUCUUGCACUUAGACAAUGUGGUGCAAUUAUGAAAUUAUUUAAACUUCAUCGUGUUGAAAUAAUUACUAAGGAAAUGUCAACAAUUAUUAGUGAAAUAUUUAAUAAUAAUAAAUUAUUUGCAUUUGAUAAUUGUAGAAAAUUUUCCCUUCAUCGUGGUGUUGAGGCAGUUAAAAUUUUAAAUACACCAAUGAAAUCGACAGAAAUUCCUUUAUUAAUGGAAGUAACAUUGAGAAAUCAAGUUGGUCUCGCCGACAUUAAUGAUAUAUUAACUAAUGAAUAUUUAUCAUAUGUAAUUACUGCAAAUUUGGAAUUUGUUAUUGAUGAUUUAAAAAUUGAAACACUUUAUGGUAAUAAAGUGAUGAUUAUGAAAAUGCAUGAUUAUGAAAGUCCAACAGAAAAAAGAAUGAUUCAAAUGGCAAAUAGACUUAAUGAAUUAUUAUCAACGGAAACAAAUUUUUUUUGGGAUUUAAAAGAAAUAUAAGGGAAAAUAAUAUUUAUUUGUUAUUUGUUAUAAGGAAAAUAUUCAAUAGUAAAAUAUGUAAUCAAAAUUUAAUAAAAAAAACUUUCUUUUAA